CAAUGGCUAUCUAUCUAUAAUUAAAAUGAUCAAACUAUAAUGGAACUAUAAUUUUACUCGGAUUCUGCAUAGAUUUCAACCGAAGCGGUGCCAUCAGAUUUUCGCCUCCAAACUCCCGGAAGAUUCAUUUUCAUUUGCUGGUGUUCUUGCCAGAGAUCCAAGUAUUUCAUCCAAUUUGUAGGAUUCUUAAGUUGAUUUUUCAUGGAGGGUAUUGGAGAUGAUGGUGCCUCAGCAGCAACAGCAGCACUGAACCAACGGAGGCAUGAAGUGUCAAAGCUUUUCCAGCACUAUCUAGAUAAAUCUACACCACACGCUCUCUACCGUUGGAUUGGAACCUUUGUUUUAAUAUUUGUUUAUGCUCUGCGGCUUUACUAUGUUCAAGGGUUCUACAUUGUUUCUUAUGGUUUGGGGAUCUAUAUUCUGAAUUUGCUCAUUGGGUUUCUGUCACCUCUUGUUGACCCCGAGCUGGAACCGUCCGAUGGACCUAUGCUGCCAACAAAAGGUUCCGAUGAAUUCAAGCCUUUCAUUCGCCGCCUCCCAGAGUUCAAAUUCUGGUAUGCCAUCACAAAGGCUUUCUGUGUAGCAUUUUUGAUGACCUUCUUUUCCAUGUUCGAUGUUCCCGUCUUUUGGCCCAUAUUGUUGUGCUACUGGAUUGUUCUUUUUGCACUUACAAUGAAGCGCCAAAUCAUGCAUAUGAUCAAGUACAAAUAUAUCCCAUUCAAUCUUGGAAAGCAGAAAUACGGUGGGAAAAAAGUAUCUGCCAGUACCGGUAGCAGCCCACGAGCAGACUGAAGUUCCGCUGGUAAUAUCGCAAAUGAAGUGAAUCCGAAGGAACUUGAAGGAUGAGGUGGGGAGAGGAACACGGAAAAAGAGAUGGAAACUUGGUAGCAACGUUAAAGAUUCGUCGUUAACGAUUUGUAUUUACAUUAAAACGAACCUGAAUACGGAGUUAAAAACACUUUUGAAUUGUACACCAUUGUUUUGAUUGUGGCAGCUAGACUGUAUGCACUAGGCAGGAAAA